ACAGGUUCUGAUGAUAGUAGAUUUACAAAGGCACAUACGAAUGUUAAUAUACAACAAAGGGGCUUUGAUAAUGCACUUUAAAGGCAACAGUGCUUUGAUACCAGUUAUAAAGCAAAAUAGAAUGAAUUUUUAUUCCACCUGCAUUCAUUUACAUCCAACUACAACUCAGCCACGAAACAUAUGCUCAUUUUAAUCAAAAUGUCACAGCACUAAGGAGCUACUAGAGUGUUCUGCUGCUGCUCCAUUCUCAUCAUCGUCGUCGUUGUCAGCUGAACUGGGUCGAGCCACGGCAACGAAAACAGUGUUGCGGCCAUGUUCUGGCCUUGUUAUAUAAUAUUGUGUUUGCAUGAUGGUGUUCCUACUAACCAAUAGGGUUCGUGAAUUGAUUUCCUCAAUGUUGAGGUGCCGUCCUUCACUGUCAAGACCACCUGCUGACACUAAAGGGAAAGAAGACAAGACGCUAGUGGAUGCUGGUCCUUCUGUUGUUGUGCCCCGACUGACACUCAGACCAACCGCUCAUACUACACCUGAGCCGCCACCCACCGAGCCCCCUGCCUUGGCUUCCCCACUGGCACAGACAGCAGAUGAGGACAUAAACAGUUGGAGCUGCUCGCAUCAUCAGAAGAUUUGGAUGAGGACAGAACUCCAGUCUCUGGGACUGUGGCCUGGGUUCCAACAUAUGCUCAAGCCAGGGCCCGCGCUUUCACUAUGGCGUUUCCCCCCACAGCCUGAACUCAUGGACACGGCGUCAACUCUCCAGUCCCGCAACCUCUUCCAGCUCCAUCCGUUUUUUAUCUGGAAACCUGAGAGUGGCAUAAUGGUGAGGCUGAGGAAUAAUUAUGUACUCCCUUGCCUUCACGGUUGUCCAAAGCCAGACGUUGUCUCAGCCGGUGUGGGAAGGCCUCGAGUGAUUGUCGGCACCAACAGACAAUACUACAUCUUUGCUUCGCGACUUUGCUGCAAGAUUUGUAAGCGGAUGUGGUUUGCCGACAGUCCUCGGUGGCUGGACAAACUGCCAAAGCGCUUCACAAACAUUGUGCCAGCAUUCCUGACUUACAAGAAGGCCUUUUGUAAGUCUGUGCUUCAUGAGCUGAGGCGCACUGGCAGGUCGCCUUCUGACAUGGCAAAGCAGGUGAAAAAACUGCUGCAUCUCAAGUAUGAACGAGCUCGACUGGCAUACCUCUGCAGCAUUCAGAACACCUGGGACGCCGAGGCUGGGGUUUGUGGGAAGGAAGACGCGUCACUGUCUUUUGGAGCCUAUGAUGACGCGGAUGGAUGGUGUGGAGUCUCUGUCUCUGCCUCCUACUUAUCAGACUGCCUCACUGAUGAGUGCAAGCUCCUGCAGCGCACUUCUGGACUAGUCUUACGCUCUGACCACACCAGGAAGGAUGACUCACUGGUUCCUGUGUCUCCCCCCCCUGGCCCGACACCAUCCGCAAACCUGACCCCGUCAACUCCUGCAACUGUGGCCCAGCUCCCCCAGCUUCAACCUGCUGAGAGCCAUAAUGUACAGCCGAUGUCCCAAGGAAGCACGGGACAUCCAGCUAUAAAGGAAACCUCACCUCUGCCACUGGAGACACAGAAGCCGUGGCAAACUGGGGGAAGUGAGACUGUCCAUGUCCCCGUUGUGGUGCUGCCACCAGCCACUGUCAAUCCAGUCGAUCCGGACCAUGUGCCACCUGAAAAGCCAUUGGCAGAGAAGACUGUCCAUGUCCCCGUUGUGGUGCUGCCACCAGCCACUGUCAAUCCAGUCGAUCCGGACCAUGUGCCACCUGAAAAGCCAUUGGCAGAGGACAAAGUACAGAAAAUGUUACAGGACAUAUUGCAGCAGCAGCAGCAGUUUCAGCAACAGCUACAACAGGUACAGCUGCCGCGGCAUGAGCAGCAAGAAAAGCCCCGGCAGACCAAAACAUGUCAUUCGUGUGGGCAGCCGAUGUCACGCCACCAAAAUGAUGGAUCAUCGAUCCAUCAUUUUUACCAACAAGGCCCUACACGCUACCACUACUGCUCCACAAAGGUCUUCCAGAGGUACUCUGCAGAGGGCCUGACAGACUCCAGGAUGCCCUUUGAAGCGUUUGCUCAGACCGCAUUCUUUCGGCGUGAGCUGCAGCUGACGAAGGGCAGAGUGGAGGAAAAGGCUGCCAAGAGGAGGAAACUGAUGGAACCUGUGGCUCCUCAAACGCAGGGUAGAAUGUGCCGCUUCUGCCAUACGGCGCUGAAGCAGAGCCCCCACAGCAAACAUAUCCACACGGGGUUUCCUGGAGUGGCGGGUAAGUACAUUUACUGCCCUCCGAAAGUCCUUAACCUCUACAGACCACAAGGUAUGCUGAAAGAAAUGACAUGGAGGGAAUUCCAGGCCUCACCCUUUUAUGCCAUGGAAAAGGAGAGGUGGACAGUGGAGAGAAAAAAAUAGAACAUGUUGGAUGUAAUCCUCUCACCAUAACCCUAACCACAAACACAAGGAACAGAUUUACAGACUUACAUGUUCUGUACAGGUGGACUCUGUCAUUGGUUGUGGGGAAGGAGUGUCUCAAUUGUGUUGUGUGCUUGUGUUGUGUGCACAAUGUUAUGUUUCAUUUUUGAAGGAUAAAAAAAAAGGUUAAACUUGGA